ACCGAAUAUAAACGAGUGUGUUAUUUUACCAGUUGGUCGAUCUAUGAUCAUUACAGGAAGGGGAAUGGGCAAUAUACCGGAAGUAACAUCACUGAACCCUCACUCUGUACACAUUAUAUCUAUUCUUUUGUUGGUUUUGAUGUCGACAAUAAGACAAUUAUACCACUGGAUGAAAAACGAGAUGAAAAAGGUUAUAAAGAAUUAUUGGACCUAAAGAAAGAAUCACCAGAUAUAAAGGUUAUACUCGGAGUAGGUGGGUACGGAUUUGGUGUGGAACGAUUCAUCAAUUUAACUCAAAAUGACGAUGAUAUCGAAGAGUUCUGUAACAAUACUGUGGAUUACUUGAGGGAAUGGGGAUUCGAUGGCGUGGAUAUGGACUGGUCGUUCCCAACACAACGUGGUGGAUCUCCGGCAGAUAGAGAUAGAUAUGUGGCUUUGCUGCAGAAAUUACGAUCCAGUUUUGAAAAAGAAUCGAAGUUAUCUGGUAAACCAAGACUAUCGUUAUCAUCGGCUGUAUCUAUCAGUAAAACGAUAGUUGAUCAAGGAUACAACAGAACGGCGGUCGGAGAAGCUGUAGAUUUCCUGAAUAUGGUGUCCUACGACUUGACAGGAGGGUCAGGUGUACUCGCUCACCACGCCCCUCUCUACCCCCGGGCUGAUAGUCUGGUCGAGGAACAGACACUGAAUGUGGAGUGGGGUUUGAGUUAUUGGGCUGAAGAAGUUCCCAAGGAGAAGUUGAUAUUGGGGUUACCACUUUAUGCCCGGACUUUCUCACUGUACAAUACUACGCUAAAUAAUGUUGGUGAUGUACAGACCGGAAGUGGCAGUCCCGGACCGUACACACAGGCACCAGGCGUUCUGAGCUAUUAUGAGGUUUGUAAACUGAUUAAGGUUGGUAUAGUAACGGAAAAAUGGGACGAAGAAUCGAACGCUCCUUAUGCUGUUUCUGAUACAGAGUUUGUUACUUAUGAUAAUCAAAGAAGUGUUAAGAUAAAGGCAAAUUUUGUAAAAGACAACCAAUAUGGUGGAAUUAACGUCUGGGAAUUAUCUUACGACGAUUUUGGCGGGAAUCAUUGCGAGGCGGGAAACUACCCUUUGUUGGGAACCUUAAAGCAGACGUUAACACAAUCUAGAGGUAACAGCUUAAUUUGUUUUGUUUCUGAAAAAACUUCUAGAAACCCGAUUCUUUAA